AUGGACCUAUCGAGCCCCGCAGCGAUAGCCCGCCUCAUCCUUCCCAAAGUCCCUCUCAUGCUCCAAAUCGCAAUCUGGCAUUCCCUCCGGAUUCCUCAAACUGCCACGAAAUGGGAUCUCAAAACCGAGCUUAUUGUCAAGACAUUGCGAUCUAUGCUCAAUUCCUCCCACCCUACGCCAAUCUCGGAGCAGCAGAGGACGUCCUUGCACGACCCAGGAAUAAAAGGGAAGAUGUGGAUAUCGAAAACUACAUUUCCAGCUCCAGAACAAGACCAUGUUCUCAGAAUCCUUCAUCAAGCCGUAGAAGAUUUGAAAGAGCCGGGCGAGAGAUAUACACCUGCUGUCAUGGCUGCUGUUGAGGUAGAGUGGACCGGCUACCGUGCUAACGUUGACAAUCAUCGCCAACGGCCUGACCUUUCCGAACGCCAACACUACUCAAAACUCAUGUCAGAAGUAAGAAGUGACGUGACGUUACUCUACUUUCAUGGUGGUGCGUUUUUCAUGAUGGACCCUUCUACUCAUCGGGCCACCACCUCCCACCUCGCUCACUUGACCAAUGGCCGCGUCCUCUCUGUCCGCUAUCGUCUUGCUCCUCAAAAUCCUUUCCCCGCCGCCCUCCUCGACGCUUUGAUAGCCUACCUCUCUUUACUUUACCCUCCUUCAGCAGAGUCAUUCCAUUCCCCUGUCCCAGCACCCCACAUAGUCUUAGCAGGCGACUCUGCAGGUGGCAAUAUCUGUGUCUCCCUCGUACAGCUACUCCUCCAAAUAAAUCGCUCCACAACAAAAUCAAUACUUUUCCACAACCACACCAUUGAUUUACCUCUGCCUCUGCCAGCAGCGUGCUCGACCAUGGCUGCAUGGCUAGACAUUACACGGUCUAUGCCCUCCGUGACAGCGAACGCCCGUUACGACUAUCUUCCCCCACCCUUCAGUCGAGAAUACGCAUCUACGUUCCCACACUGCGAAGCUUGGCCUACGGAUCCACCAAGAGGGGACCUAUACUCGGAUACCAGCAUUUUAUCUCAUCCUCUGGUGUCUCCGCUGACAGCGAAAGAUUGGACCGGUAGUUGUCCGCUGUGGUUUUCUUACGGCGAGGAAAUGUUGGCGGAUGAGGUGCAGGUUGUAGCGUCAAAGGCGGCGAAGCAGGGUGUGACAGUUGUCUCGGAGCAGUGGGAAGCUAUGCCCCAUUGCUUCGCUCUAAUACUGUUGGGGAGUUCGAUGAGCAAAAAAGCCUACCAAAAUUGGGGAGCAUUCUGUCAGGACGCCGUGAAGGGAGAAAAUUCAAGAACAAGAGGGCUGUGGAUUGAAGCAAAGACAGGAAAGGAGAAAGAGGUCGACAUAGAAAAUAUAUGUAGACUUAGUGAUGGAGAGGUUAAAGAGAGGAUGGAAGCAGCGAAAGCAGCAAGACAUUUAGGUGUCGAAGGAGAAGGCAAGUUGUUGCCAAAGCUGUAA